AAAAAAUAGAAUCGGCACAACACAAUAAUCGUAUAGGAUUUCAACGCAAAAGAAGACUCCACUUCGUAAGCUACUUUGGGCAUAACAGACAAUGAUUACUUAAUCAUCUCCACUACUUGACCAAUCCACGUUUCUGUCACCUUAGACUUGGGUUUCCUUUUAAUUUUCUUUUUGCUCAAAUGAGAUUUUAUAGAUUAGCUACGCUCCAUUAGAGGAAGACUUGUUUACAAACAAUAACAAAGCCAACAUGGCUAACAAAUUGACAGCUACAAGCGCCAAACGAAGAACAUAAGAGCAGAAGAUAGGACUUUAGUUGACUUGAAAUAAGUUUGAGCAAAGUCUUCACUCGUAAAAUCUAUGGUCGGAUAUUAGAAUAGUCAAAGUCUUUCGUAAGCAAUUUUUUUUUUUCCCUUUGGAAAAUCUCCUAACCACCCGUAUUGGAGAAAGAUGUGUUAUCUUAUCUCCAAUGAUAUUUUUGACAAUAAAAACUUCUUCAGCUUCAGAAAUAUUCUCUUUCUAUCACCAUAGAGAAAUUGUGUGGCUUUUCAUUUUUCAUGUGAAUCGUAUCAGUCGAUGCAUAUGUGGGAGUGGUGGAAAUUAGAAACCAAAGAGGACCGACAGAUAACAAAUCAUAUAUGCCUUCGUCACUUGUAAAAUGCUUUUCACAUAAAACACUUCUUCAUCUUUAGCUUUCGUUUGUUGCUUACUCAAAGUUUUCUCUCUUUCUAUCGACAUGGGGAGUUGUAAUCCUAUCCAACUUACUGGUGGUGAUCUCAAUCGUAUCUUUAGAUUCUUAUGUGGCAAAGGUUAUAUUCGAAACCUCAAGGAGAAUCUCAGGGCUCUGAAGAGGGAAAUGGAUGAUCUCAAGGCAAUUGAAGCUGAGGUGAAGAACAAAGUAGCGAGAGAGGAGGCACAACAUCAACAAAGGCUUGAAGCUGUCAAGGUAUGGCUAACACGUGUCGAGAGCAUCGAUACACGAUUCAAUAAUCUGCUUAGUACUAGUCCUGUUGAGCUUAAGAAGUUAUGUCUCUGUGGUUUAUCUUCAAAAAGUGUAUGUUCCAGCUACAAAUAUGGGAAAAAGGUAUUCUUGUUGCUGAAAGAGGUUAAGAAACUCAAAUCGGAGGGUAAUUUUAAAGAGGUUACUGAGCCGGUUUUGAGAUCUGCAGUAGAAGAAAGGCCUACUGGGCCUACGAUUGGUCAGGAAACAAUGCUGGAAAAGGCAUGGAAGCGCCUUAUGGAAGAUGGAGUUGGAAUCAUGGGUUUGCACGGUAUGGGUGGUGUAGGCAAGACUACCCUUUUCAAGAAAAUCCACAAUAAGUUCACUGAAAUAGGUAGAUUUGAUGUUGUGAUCUGGGUUGUGGUGUCUCAAGGUGCAACUAUUUCAAAGCUUCAAGAUGAUAUUGCAAAAAACCUACACCUUUGCGACGGCGAGUGGAAGAACAAAAGUGAAAGUGACAAGGCAAUCAAUAUACACAGAGUUUUAAAAGGGAAGAGAUUUGUCCUGAUGUUAGAUGAUAUAUGGGAGAAAUUGGAUUUAGAAGCCAUUGGAGUUCCGUUUCCCACCAGAGAAAAUGGAUGCAAAGUAGCAUUCACCACUCGUUCUCGGGAAGUAUGUGGGCGGAUGGGAGAUCAUGAGCCGAUGAAAGUCGACUGUUUGGGACAAGAAGAAGCAUGGAAAUUGUUCAAAAGCAAAGUAGGAGACAAUACAUUAAGUAGAGAUCCUGCCAUUGUCGAGCUUGCCAAAAAGGUCGCUAAAGAAUGUUGUGGUCUGCCACUAGCGCUUGUUGUCAUUGGUGAGACAAUGUCAUCUCAAACUACGGUACAAGAAUGGGAGCUUGCAGUCGAUGUUUUGUCCAGAUCAGCUGCAGAGUUUUUUGACAUGGAAAACAAAAUUCUUCCGAUUCUGAAGUAUAGCUAUGAUAGCUUGGCGGGUGAACAUAUCAAGUCGUGUUUCCUCUAUUGUGCUCUGUUUCCGGAAGAUUAUGAGAUAGAUAAAGGAGAUUUGAUAAAAUAUUGGAUGUGCGAGGGAUUCAUCGGGGAACACCAAUCUUAUAAAAGGGCAGUGAAUAAGGGUUAUGAGGUACUUGGUACCCUUAUCCGCUCAAAUUUACUGACAGAACAGCCUGAUAGGAUAGGUCUUGUUGUGAUGCAUGACGUGGUUCGCGAAAUGGCUCUAUGGAUUGCAUCUGAGUCUUUUUUUGUUCAAGCAGGAGUCGGAUUACACGAAACGCCAAAAGUCAAGAAUUGGAGAGCUGUGAGAAGGAUGUCUUUAAUGAGGAAUGAGGUUAAAGAGAUAAAAUGCAGUUCCAAGUGUUCUGAACUUACAACUCUGCUCCUCCAGAAGAAUAAGUUGAAGAAUCUCUCAGGUGAAUUCAUCGGCUCUAUGCAAAAGCUAGUUGUUUUGGAUCUAUCACUUAAUCUCGCUUUCGAAAAACUUCCUAAGCAGAUAUCGAAGCUGGCCUCCUUGCAGUAUCUUAACUUGUGGGGCACAAGUAUAAAGCAACUGCCAGUUGGUUUCCAAGAGUUGAAAAAGCUAAUUCAUCUGGAUUUGAGUUAUACAUACAGUCUUCGUAGUAUCAGUGGGAUAUCAAAGCUGUCGAGUUUAAGAAUUUUGAAACUAAGAUUUUCUAAAGUUGAUGGAGAUGUUAGCAUGUUGGAGGAGCUGCAGCCCUUGGAGCAUCUACAAGUUCUAGAGAUAACGAUCUCUACCGAGUUGGGUUUGAAGCAUAUAUUAGGCGAUCCAAGGUUGGCUAACUGCAUCAAUUCUCUGGGUAUUCGAGGUUUUAAAGAAAAGCCAUUCAAUAUGUCAUCGCUGUUGAGUAUGGAGAAUCUUAGUGUGCUCCAUGUGGAUGGUAGUCAUGUGUCGGCGAUUGAUACAUAUAUUAAAUGCAGAGGAAGCAAGACCGACUCAUCUCAUUUACACAAUCCAACAAGUCCAUGCUUUACCAACCUCUCCGUCGUGACAAUUUAUAGCUGUCAUGGCAUUAAGGAUCUGACUUGGCUAUUGCUUUCUCCAAAUCUUACUCGGCUAAGGAUUUCACGUUCAGAAGAAGUAGAAGAAAUCAUAAACAAAGAGAAAGCAACCAAUCUUGCUCGUAUUACACCAUUUCAGAAACUAGAAUACUUAUUCCUGGACAAUCUGCCUGAGCUGGAGAGUAUCUACUGGAGUCCUCUCCCCUUUCCAUCAUUGCGGGACAUAGAAGUCGAUUAUUGUCCAAAGCUGAGAAAGCUUCCCUUUGAUGCUACAAGUGUCCCACGACUUGACGGGUUUGGAAUAUCUAUGGUUCCUGAAGAACAGAAAACUGAGCUUGAAUGGGAGGAUGAAGAUACUAAACAUCGUUUCCUGCCUUUAUUCGCUCGGUGAGAUAUUAGGACUAACCAUCCCUCAAUUUGGAUUGGAAUUCCUCACUGUGAUAAACCAGAAUCCACGCUUCUUCUUCUGCUUUCUCUUUCUUCCUCAAAGUAUGAUGUGUUCUUCAUUUGGAUUGUAUUAUUGUUUUUCCUAUCAUCCUAUGCAGUCUCAUACCUCUCUGCAGUGUGUUGUGUUGUUAAAUUGGAUUUUCUUUUUCAUUUUUCUAUGUAAUAAGUUAAGGUGGAUUACUUCCUUCUCAAGCUACAUGUAUUUAUAUAAUCAACAGUUUUUAUGCUUUUACGUGAAAGGAUAUAUCAUAAAAGUAUGUGAUGCCUCUGAA